UGGGGCCAGGCAAGUAUGGGAAAAAUUGCUAAAAUAAGGGAAUGGGAUGUCUGGCCAUUGUAGGGUUCGGUGCGGACUGCGAGCCAGGAGAUCAAAGGCGAGUGUGUGAUGGCGCGGAGAAGGACGUUCCUCGAGGAACGCCCCUUGGGCAUUGAACCGCCUAGGGAAGUACCGGGCGGGAUAGAGGUUAGCUUGCCAGCGGCAAGUGGAGGCUGGCACCGGGUGGCGGAUUGGGUCGGAGUCGAACUUGCGGAAAACAUGGUUUACUUAGUAACAAAAGUUGAGUGGCGUGCGAACGAGAGUGGGGAAUGGAACCCGGACCCGCAGGGGCAUGUGCGUGCAGAAGGGCGGUUGUAUAUGUCAGAGGAUGGGUGGCGGGAGUUUGGAGUUAUGUUGGCGUCAGGGGAGGAUCCAUUGAGCAUGUUCGAAGGGGCGUGGCAGUUGGUGUGGCAGGCGGGAAUCGAAUUCGCGGACCCAGGGAUGGAUGAUGUAACAUCAAACCUUAGGGUAACCAUGGUCGGGAGCUUUGAACUGCCUAGUGAGAAUGUCCGGAUGAGACUGUCGCCCUUCCUGCUGGAAAGGCUAGGCGGAGUGGAACUUGUCAGACGCGCGGUAGUUGAUCUUGCCACUCUGACAUAUGAGGACACAAUGAUACACCGGGAAUACUACCGGGCCUUCCUAGAAAUGGAGCCGUUUAGCGGGAAGCAGAAGUAUGAGGUGUUGCGGACUCUGCGCGCCGUUUUUACCACCAGGCCAAGGGCCCCGGUCGUAGGUGAUGAAGUUCUAUGGGGUGUUGCCCGGCGGAAAAUAAGUCAGGGGAUGACGUACGUGGAUGAUUUACACCGAUUGCGAGGUAAAGAAAUGGCGACUGAGGAAGGGAUCGAUGACCAGCAGAGCGGAGGGAAUCGGGGCACGAAUGGGGAUGGGGAACGAAACGAGGGAUCAGCCAGGGAUGGAGAGUCAGCCAAACUGGAAGGAACCCGAGAAGACGGAAAGGACGCCUCAAUUGGAAAAAACUCGGGGAAAGCUGGGAGCAAAAGGGGACCUCAGGAAAACAGGGAAGGGGGAAAUGAUAUGAGAACAAGCCCUCGGAACUUAGCAGGAGCCACCCCUAAAAAGACAAAAGUCUUGGAUGCCUGUCGUAAAUUGGCAGAGAUAGAAAAGCAGACUGCAGAAUUUAAGGCAAGGCUUAUCGAGCAGAUGAUGGUCGAGGACGAGGAGGACCCCCAGGGCGCAGGGUCACGUGAGGGACGCGGGACAGGUCAGGACGAGGCCAGGUAUGAGGGGAAGGAUAAUAGUCAUAAAGGAAUGCCUAGUAAGAAGGGGAAGGACAAGAACGACCCCCCGACGAAGGGGACGAAAAACGUUAUGACCCCGCCUGCCAUCGACAGCGGCACUAGCCGACUGCCAGCCACGCCGAAAGUAACAGGGGCGUGCGACGGACUCUGGAGUCUUAGGGAAAGGGUGCUAGGAUGGUUUGACCCAGAAGGAACACCGAAAACCAGGGAGAAGCAGAGGGAAAGCAAGGAAGGGGAAGGGACCAGUGAAGCUGGAGAAGCAGGUAGCUCCGAAGGUGGUCUCAAGAGGAUAGUCACCACCCUCACCCGGGCACUAAACAAGAACCAGGGAUAUCUCGCAGAUGCAAAGAAGAAACUCACGUUCGACGGGGCAAACAUUACGGAGUUUCUGAUAGACUAUGAGAACUUAGCAGCCUUACUAAAAUGGACGGAAGAGGAAAAAAUGGAGCACCUAGGGCAGCACGUGUCGCUAAGCUUGGGAAGGGACAUUAUGGCCAUCGUCGCCUCCAGUGGAUCCUGGAAAGAAACCAGGAAUGAGAUGAUGAGGAAAUACCUGAAGGCAGAGAAAAUGGCAACAGAGGCCGAAUUAGCCGCAGUCCAGAGGAAAAACUAUGCGACUUACAACGAUUUCCUAAGGGCAUUCACGUUAGUGGCUCUGCGAAUUCCCGGGACCAGUAAGUUCGAGUACAUGACAAAUGUGGACUUCAGCACCGUAACAGACCUUGCGGAAAAGACAGUGGUCACCGAGACACUAGCCCUGCUUAAGGAAGGGGAGGUCAUAGAUCUGACCGGGAAAAUGGGAGAUAAGGUUAAGAAAGAGAUAGAAAGCUUGCACGAGCGAGUGCAUGGGGUUGAUAGCAAGAUGGAAAGAAUGGAAAAUGCGCUGUCAGUAAUGCAGGCCCAAGUGUCUAGACCCGCCCUCCCGCCUCAAGAAGCCGUGGUUCCGACAAAUGUAGCAAACCGGGGAUUUGGCAAGAGGGACCCGACCAACGAACAAUGCAAGUAUUGCACCAUGAUCGGGCAUUUCGUACGGGCCUGUCCGAGACUCAAUCACGAUAUCGAGCGGCAGAGAUGCAGCAGGUCCCUCAAAGGCGAGAUCCUCGGACCUAGGGGAGAGCGUGUCAAUUGGAACUGGCAAGGAGGGAUGCGGCGAGCCGUCAUCCUCCUGAAUAACUUAGAAAUAGUUGUCGUAGAAGCAGAGCCGAUAGCCGAGAUUGUGUGGGACCAGCCAAGGGGACGGGGACCACAGGCCAAUUUUAUCCUAGAAGGCAAUGGGCAGGAUAGGGUAAAUAUCACUACCCGACGGGCUGGCGCGGAAAAGAAGCUCAUACGAGACACAGUAAUGGAAGAAACCGCGGGGGCUAGUGCAGAUCAGGAGGAAGCUGAGGCUGGGGAACAGGAGAAGGUCUAUGGAAAAACGAGGGAAGAGGAACCGGUAGACAAAGCCACAGCGGCAAAAAAGAAGUUCAGAUACCAAAUCCCAAUUCUGACGUUGCCCGAAUUAGAUAACACGCUGAGCAAACUCCUGGGCACCAUGGUGUCGGUAUCCUUCCAGACCAUGCUGCAGGCAAGCCCGAGAUUGCUCAAGGGCCUCAGGCAGCUAUUGACGCGUAAACGUGUAGAAGUAGAGGAGGCCCCGGAACCACAGGAACAGGGAACCGAGGAGGCCGAGGCGCCACAAGGAGUCUCUAACCUCCGAAGCAUUCCAGGGGGUCUGGAAGAUUUGGAAAAAGUCUUUGCUGAUAUUCGUCUGAACCUGCCGGACCGAGAAGGUGGCGAAGUCAUGAGAGCACCGCCUGGCACUAAACUUAGCUUUCACGCACUGCCCAUAGGAAAACUUAAAAUCCAGAUCGGAACUCACCACACCGAUGCAUUAGUGGACGGCGACGCGGGAAUUACCCUCAUACGACGGGAUUUCGCAACAAUCACAGGAUGCACAGUAAACAAGGAAGUAGCAGGGAGUAUCAGGGGAGUAGGCGGAGAAAUCCCCUUCACUGGGUAUGUCACCAAAUGCGCGGUCAGGGCAGGAAUUCGGGAAUCCAUCUGGUCUUUCCAACGGAUGACCGUCAUGGAAGAAAUGAACCAUGACAUAAUCCUUGGGAGACCUUGGUGCGCCAAUGUAGAAAUGAUUGGCAUGCACUUACAUGACGGUACGUACAUGGUAGACAUAGAGGAUCCGGUGACAGGUCGCGGAGAACUCCUCCGACUCCUCGGAACUGGAGGGGACCCUCCCAAGGGUAAACUGGCAACCUGGUCGCCGACGUUUGAAGAAAGUGCCCGGAAAGGCGCAAUYGCACGGAUGGAAGGUAUGAGAGAAGGAGUAAAAAUCAUGAUUGAGGAAGCCUUUACCAAGAAGGAGUGGAUCAAGAUGGGUCUACCCCUGAAGAAGAGGAGGCAAGAGGACGAGGCCCUGAAAGUCAUGGUGGCAGAAAAAGAGUCGGAAGUCGAACUUGGGGCCAGCCUGCCCAAACCAAAGGAAGGCCGGAACGAAACGUCGGAGGUGGUGCUUGAAAUCCCAGCUUUGUUACAACUCGUUAAGGCCAUCAGGUACCACAAAGUGGGGGUGGACCCCACAACGCUUGCUAGAUUUGGGAAUGGAGUCCAAAAGGGCUACUGUCUGAAUGGGAAGCUAGUCAGCAUCCAGCCCCACGUCUUGGAGCACGAGUGUUGGAAUGAUAAAGGGCUUGCCUAUGAGUUUGGGAUAGCAGCGAAGAUCACCGACCUACUCAGAGCCAAGAUAGAUUCUUUCGUGGCUGAACCCACCACAUCCCCCUACGCGAACAAGUGGUUCGUGUUCAGGAAGCCCAAUAAGACGCUCAGGUGGAUCCAGGACCUGCAGAAGCUCAAUGGGGUAACAAUUAGGGACGCAGGCUCGCUUCCACAAGCCGAUUUGUUGGCAGAAUCUCAUGCGGGGCGGAGCAUUUACUCCCUGGUAGACUUGUACUCAGGAUAUAAUCAGUUGUCGCUCGAUGCGAGGGAUAGACCGUACACCGCAAUGCACACCCCCGUGGGACAGUUGCAGAUGCAAGUGACCCCUAUGAGUUUCAUAAAUGUGGUAGCAGAGGCGCAGAGGAGGAUGCUCGCCGUCACAGGGGAUAUGUUUCCAGAAAAGUGUGAGCCGUAUAUAGAUGAUAAUCCCGUAAAAGGCGCAAGGUACAAGGACGAGACGGAGGUCGAGCCGGGUGUGCGGAAAUUUGUCUGGGAUCACCCGCAGGAUAUCAAGGAUUUCCUACAGCGGUUCUUGCUCUAUAAUAUUACAGCAAGUGGGCCAAAAAGCAUCCUGGCUGUCCCGGAGGUAACUAUACUAGUAUUUCGCUGUGGGGCCUAUGGAAGGAGACCCGACCCAGCAAAGACAGAUAAGAUCUCUCAGUGGCCGACACCCAUGCGUACCACGAUAGAAGUACGAGCCUUCCUAGGGGUGGUUGGAUUCUGGAGGAUCUUCAUCAAGGGUUUCGCAAAGAUAGCAGAACCUAUCCGCGCGAUGAUUAGGGAAGGUGGCACUAUAGAUUGGACCGAGGAUAGGGAAGAGGCAGCCCAGACCCUGAAAGACAUCCUGUCGUCCGAUCAGGUUAUCUUAGCAGCACCCUGCUUCAAUGACGAAGUAGGACGACCCUUCAUCCUAGAUACAGAUGGCGGCCCAAUGACAGUAGGAGGCGUAUUGAUACAGAAAAGCGAGGAGGGCAAGGAAAGACCGAUCAGAUUCGAGAGUAGGACCUUGAAUUCGGCAAAACGGCGGUACUCGCAGUUCAAGAAGGAGGUCUUAGCCAUCCUACAUUGCCUAAAGACCUUCCAGGCAUAUAUGUUCGGAAGGCGAUUCAUCUUAAGGAUCAAUCCCACCAAUGUUGCUGGGGCACUGAAGAAUUACAAGCCUAUAGAUCCGACCAUCGGCAGAUGGACAGGCUUCAUAUGGCAGUUCGACUACAAGGUCGACCGGAUCACAGGGCUUCGGAACAGGGCGGAUGGGCUGAGUAGGGUAUGCAUCACGCCGGAGGGAAUAGAGGACGCGGAACCAAUUGACGCCUUCCUAGAUUACGAAGGGGGGACCCUUGUUGUGGAUAACGAAAUGGCCGACUCAACGCUUACAACAGGCCAGCUGCUGAUUCAGACCUUUGAAAACAGCACGCCUGCAGUAGUUGCAGAACUCAGGGAAGGACCAGUCACCACGGUCAGGCGCAAAGAGGAAAAGGACUCGUGGGGAGCAGAAGUUGGGGCCAGAGAGGAACUGAUGGCAAUGGCCGUGGAAGGGGGACGGGACGCCGUGAUGACGUUGGCCGAAACAUGGGGUGCAGAAGGAAUGCCCAUCACUGAGCCCUACCACCCUGAUGCAAAUGCACCAGUAGAAAGGGGGCACCGGACCUUGAAAAACACAAUCGCUAAGCUUGCAGCAGACAACUUGGGGAACUGGCCACGGUACCUUAAGCAGGCAGUCUUCUCUGAGAACAUGACACCAAAAAGAACGACGGGAUGCAUUCCAGCGGAGCUAUGGUAUGGAAGGGAGAUCGACUUCCCAGUGGAGGCCCUCGUCCCUACCUGGAACGGGUUAGACGAUAAUCCGCACUUGACCACGGAGGAGUUAAUCACCACACGUUGCCAGCAGGUCGCCAAGAAUGAGGAGGCAUUGGAGGAAGUAGUUAACCGUGUAACGGAUAGCCGAAUGAAGGACAAAGCAAGGUGGGACCAGGUCAAGAACAUCCGGAAAGAGCCACUCCAGGGGGAGAGAAAGCAAGGGACUAGGGGACCUUCACCACCAAGGGAGGGGGAGCCAAUAGUCCUCCCCUCUGAAAGCGAUACCAGCAGGGAGGAACAGAGGAACCCGGGGAAAAGGCCAAGGUUGGAGAAGGAGGAGUCCAUCAAGGUCAUAGACCUCAGUAGCGGGGAAGAAGAGGACGAAGUGACAACGCCCACAAGGGAAGAUCAAGGAAGAGAGGAGGACCCAGGGGAAGAAAAGGACCCAUGGAAAAGAGAAUUCGGGCCGACUUUCAGCGAUUAGUUCGAUCAAUGGUCCAGUAUUUUGCGUUAUCAGUGGGCAAUGAAGGGCAAGGAAAAGU